AAAUUUCUAGCAUUGAUCAGUACUGGUGGAAACGCAAUUACUAAGCGAUUGCUAAGCGGGUGAUCGCGGGAGACAAAGUUCAUUCGUCCACGAAAGUUCGACGUUGUUGCUUCUUAUCAGCAGCGUGCAUUGCCGAUGUGGCUAUAUAAUACUCAAUGAAAAGCUGCUAACACACGAUUGUAAAGGAUUAUUUGUGACAUCAAGAACAAGAACAGCAAUAGCAGAUUCCAUCGACGAGACAAAUUAGGAAGUUGAACAAAUAAUCUAUUAAUUAACAAAAUGACAAGUAAGGAUACCAAAGAUGUUAAGAACGUUAAAGAAGAUACCGCCGCUACUCCAGCGAACAAGCUCUUUACGCGAGCAGAAGUGGCGAAACAUACAGAUUCCAAAGAUAUUUGGCUUAUUAUCCAUAACAAUGUGUACGAUAUCACUUCGUUCAUCAGUCAGCAUCCUGGAGGUGAGGAAGUACUCUUAGAACAAGGUGGACAUGAUGGCACCGAACCUUUCGAAGAUAUUGGACAUUCUACAGAUGCAAGAGAAAUGAUGGAAUCUUAUAAAAUUGGAGAAAUAGUAGAAGAGGAAAAGACGAAAGCAGGAAAGAGCUCCAGAAAUUGGACUGACGAUGCAGACAGUUCUAGUUGGCGGUCUUGGUUGAUCCCGAUCGCCCUCGGAGUGCUCGUGACGCUGGUCUAUCGCUACUUCAUCAAUGCACAUUAAAGCAUUCCAACUCGGAAUCCCUUUCUCCAUGUUACUUACUUGUUAAUACAUAUUAUAUCAACGAUCAAUUGUUGUUUCGCAUGCAUGUCGCGCACUGUUGUAAUUGUUUUCUAUGAACCAGAUAGCACUGCUGGGCCUAGCACCCAAAAAUGGAAAGGAGGAAAAACGGCCAAUGUAUUAUAUUGAUAUUGAAAUAACGCGCGCAUUUAUAUAUUUAUAUGUAUACAUUUAUAUUUACUGGUAUAUAUAUGCAUAUGUACAUGUAGCGUAUACAUCAUUCCUCAAAUGAAGAUGAAAUAAACUGAUUUAAUUCCUUAGAAACAA